GUCUCUCUCUGUCUCUGUCUCUCUCUCAGUCCCUGUCUCUCUCUGUCUCUCUUUCUCUCCGUGUCUCGGCUGGUGAAGCUGCAGCCUCACGCUCUUUUUUCCUCUUUGUAUUUAAUUAUUUCUUCUCUGUUUUAAGAAAAGUCUGACUUGAGGACAUGGACUGCGCUCUAGACCAGCUGGACGCUGCAGGAUUUCUGCGCAUCUGGCAGCACUUUGAUGCAGAUGAUAACGGCUACAUCGAGGGGAAGGAGCUGGACGCCUUUUUUCGGCAUCUUCUGAUAAAACUGGGACCAGGGGAUAAGAUAACGGAGGAGAAAGUGCAGCAGCUGAAGGCCAGGUUCAUGUCCGCCUACGAUGUCACGGCUGAUGGUCGCCUUCAGAUCCAGGAACUCGCCAAUAUGAUCCUACCAGAACAAGAAAACUUCCUCUUGCUAUUCCACCGUGAAGCUCCUCUGGACAACAGUGUGGAGUUUAUGAAGAUUUGGAGGAAGUAUGAUGCAGACAGCAGUGGCUAUAUAUCUGCAGCCGAGCUAAGGGAUUUCCUAAAGGAUCUUUUUCAGCAGCACAAAAAGGAAGUGUCCUCUAACAAGCUGGAUGAAUACACAGACACCAUGAUGAAUAUAUUUGACAAGAACAAAGAUGGCCGCUUGGAUCUGAAUGAUUUAGCGAGGAUCCUGGCUCUACAGGAGAACUUCCUGUUGCAGUUCAAGAUAGACGCAAACUCUCUGAAUGAGAGGAAACGAGACUUUGAAAAAAUCUUCACUCAUUACGAUGUUAGUAAGACAGGUGCUCUGGAGGGACCCGAGGUGGACGGAUUCGUCAAAGACAUGAUGGAGCUGGUCAGGCCGAGUAUCUCCGGCCCGGAGUUGGACCAGUUCAGAACCGUGCUGCUGCGCCACUGCGACGUGAAUAAAGACGGAAAGAUCCAGAAAAACGAACUGGCCUUGUGUUUAGGGAUGAAACUUAAACCUUAAUCCGAGUUCUGUGUUUAUAAUGCAGUCCUGACGCUGUAGGAGUGUUCGCAAACAUACGCUUUUUAUAAUCUACUUAAAUACUGUUACAGACACGUGCUAAUAACGGGUUUUUAUGGUAGUUUACACCGUUUCCGUGAUGCUUCUGCGUCUGUGCUUCAUUUACCGAUGAGUCAGGAUGCAUUUUUCAGCAGAUGCUAUUAUAUUAAGGAGAAAACAACCGUAUCAGCCAUCACUCAUCCUCAUUGUGUGUGUGUGUGUGAGAGAGAGA